AUGGAAGACCUGAAAGUGUUUUUAGAUCAGCGGUUCAGAAUCAAAGAUUUUGACUAUGUUCAUUAUUUCCUUGGUCUUGAGGUUUCUCUAGUAAAAGGUGGUUAUGUGGUCCAUCAACACAAAUAUACAACUGACCUUCUAUCUGAAUUUCACUGUUUGGAUGCUAAACCUUUUAUCACCCCUCUUGAUCCCCAAACCAAGCUUCAUAUUGACUCUGGUGAUCCUAUUUCUGAUCCUUCUACCUACAGAAGGUUGAUAGGCAAGCUGAAUUUUUUGCAGCACACCAGGCCUGACAUCUCCUUCUCUGUUCAACAUUUGAGUCAGUUCCUGGUGUCUCCUAAAGUUCCUCAUAUGAUGGAUGCACUACAUGUUCCCAGAUAUCUUGCAAAUUACACUACUCAGGGUAUCUUACUCAGCAGCUCUUCUGAUUUUACCCUAAAGUCUUAUUCUAAUUCAGACUGGGCUGCCUGCCCUAUCUUCAAGAGAUCUGUUACUGGUUAUUUUAUUCUUCUUGGUAAUUCUCUUGUUUCUUGGAAGUCCAAGAAGCAGCCCACUAUCUCCUUAAGCUCUGCUGAAGUUGAAUAUAGAGCCUUAAGACAGGUGGUUGUUGAGGUCUCUUGGUUGCUUAGGCUUCUUACUGAUAUGGUUGAUUUUGCUGUGUUUCAGUAG